GAUCGACUUCUCUCACUCGUCCAAGGGUGUAGUGCGUAGUAUUAGUCGAAAAUUGAACCGUGAUACUACAUUCAACAUCACAAGAAUAAGAAAGAAGUGUGAACAAAAUGACCAAACGUUUGGAAACCGUGGCCACUAUGGCUUGCAUGAAGACUCUACUGAUGCUCUUCAACUGCGUUUUCUGGGUAUUUGGCAUAUUGAUGAUGAUCAUUGGUAUUUGGGUGAGAAUUCAACUUCGUGAUUAUAUAGAUGUAAGUGCAGAAAGCAGUAGAACAGCUUUAUUGGCAUUAGCUAGUUUGGGUGCUAUCUUAACUUUGAUAGCAACUUUUGCCUGUUGCUGUACAACUCGUGGCCAUCCAGCUCUCUUAUACUUAUACGGUGCGUUUUUAGCUGUUGUUGCAUUACUGGAACUUGCAGCUGGUGCAUCGAUUUAUGCUUAUCGUACCAAUUUAAAUGAAAAAUUCGAUCAAGAUCUCAAUGAAACUAUGUCUGUUUAUGGAUUAGAUGAAAGAAAGAGCGCUAAUAUCGACACUAUGCAAUCUACUCUACAAUGCUGUGGUAACAGAGGUUAUACUGAUUGGUUAAAUAUGUCUCCGCCAAAGGAAAUUUCGUUAUCAUGUUGCAAAGUACCAAUAAAUAUAUGUGAUAUUAAUGACAUAAACAACAUUUAUACUCAGGGUUGUUACACUCGUGUAUUGCAUUUCAUAAAUGGUAACAUCGGUCUGGUUGCUGGAAUAGCAGUUGGCGUAGCGUUCUUCCCGCUUAUAGGCGUCUUUCUAGCGUGUUGCUUAGCCAGCAACAUCAAUAAAGUCAAGUACGAGCAGGUUGCUUAGAGUUUUCGUCGUUUGCAGAAAAACUCGCCGUUGCUAUGGGGCAGCAGUCCAAUUAUAAACGGAUGAACAGGAUUCUACAUUUGAUUGUUAAAAUCAUUUUAAAUGGUCAUUUUUUUUUUUCAUAGUAAUAUUAAAGAUUUAAA